AUGAGACUCCACAUUUCGAAUCUCAACCCGUCGCUGAAGGAAGACUCGUCUGACCUGGUCAAGCGACUCAACAGAUUCGGGUCGACCACGUCUGAGCUUGAAGUCCGGCAGAAACCCACGAUGGAAACCGCCUACGGGUUCAUCGACAUUGAUCUCGAGGACAAGCAGCUUGGGCAGCUCAAAAAGGCCCUCAACAACGUGCGGUACAAGGGCAACGUGAUUGGCAUUUCGCAGGCAAAGCCCAACUUUAUGGCCCGGUGGAAGGACGACAAGAACCGCCGAUGCAGACAAGACCAUGAUGCCACGCGACAUGCAAAGAAACGGGAGAUUAACAUCAUCCCCGGUAGAAUCCGAAAGACGGCUCGAAGCGCACAAAAGCUGCGGGGCCAGUGGUGCCGCAUGAUCAAGGACGGUAAGGUCGUGCCCGUCAAAUGCAAGCAGUCCAAGCUGUGGGGAUACCAGCGAGACAAGCCUCUGGAUCAGCUGACAUACACUUACCGAAAUGGCCAGUGGUGGAGUGGAAACGACGAUCUCAUUGAGACGGUCAAGUUCCAGGCCGACGAGCCGGGUCUGUUUGAGGAGGAGGAAGAAGAGAAGGGCGAGGAGAAGGACAUGCACACCCGGCUGCUGGAGUCGCUGUUGUCUGGAGGCGGGGACUUUAUUGUCUCCGACGACGACAUUCCUCAGGCUGAGGAGCGUGUGUCCGCUGCAUUCACCGGGGGAAACUACGACGAGCCCGAAUAUGUCAAGACAGAUCCGUACGUGAAGAAGGACCCUAUUUUUGAUGAGCCUCCCAUGGACCGAGACAAACGUCGAACCGACAUGUCCAGUGACGACGACUCUUCUGACUCCAGUGAUGAGGAGAGCGACGACGACGAGGACAAGAAGCAGGGUGGAAAGGAUCAUGGAAAGGAUCAUGGCAAGGGUAAUGGCAAGGGAGCUUCCAAGUCCGGAAGUGGUGAGAAGGGUAAGGAGAAUGAUGAUGACGGCUCUGAUGAUUCUGAUGACGGUUCUGAUGGUGAUUCUGAUGAUGAAUCGGAUUCUGAUGAUGACUCGGAUUCUGAUGAUGAUUCUGAUGAUUCUGAUGAUGAUUCUGAUGAUUCUGAUAAUGAUUCUGAUGAUGAUGACUCCGACGACAAAAUGGAUGCCGAGGAGGAGACUGACCCGCCCAUUCUGCAAUUCGAAAACACAGCCGAUACCGGAACCCUGCGAAACCUGUUCAACCCCGAAAAAGAGUCCAAGUUCACACUAUUUGGAGGCGACGACGACAACGACGAGAUGGAGGUCGAUGAAGAGCAGGUUGAAGAGGACGACAAACCCCAGCAAGAGACGGAGUCCACAGCCCCCAGAGCCACCGCCUCAACCGGACUGUUUUUCCCCCACUCAGACUCCCCUUUCCUGUCGACACAGUCCCAGAUUGCCCAGCUCAACAAGAAGCCCAUUGACAGCGACAAUUGGGAGGCCGAGUUCUGGGAGGAGCGAGGCGAUAUCAAGGACGACGCACGAUCGCGAAAGCGCGACUUCCAGCGAAAGACCAACAAGGACAUCAGAAAGUAG